AUGGAUUCAUCAAAAGAAGACCAAAGCAAGCCCUCCACAGAGAGCCAAAGUGACGUACCUGAAUUCCCUGAAAUAGGCCACUUUGGCUUUUUUUGGAAGAAUUACAUGACUGCGAUUGAGUAUAAAAGGACCGAACGCCGCGAUCUCAAAUCCAAUUAUGGAACGAUCAUGUUGGGUAUUUUCGGGCUCAGCGACACCCAAUCCAAGAACGGAAUAGAAUUUGUUCUUAACCCUAUCGGCAUGAAGAUCGAGUCGCUCUUAGGUUCUACCGACGACGAUAAGCGUAUUGCCGGCAUGACCGUCGACAUUCUGAAUAUUAGGUGUUCUGUCAUAUCACACCCUUUCUGGAACGGCGAAGGACGCGAAGAUAAGGUUCAACUGGAAAAGGACACCGGACGCGUGUUGCAUUGGUUUCGCUACGAGUGCGAGUCCAAAGGGGCUACUCUGUCAUCCGAUGUGGAGGAGUGGAUGCGACAAUGUAGAAAGACCAUGAUAGUACAUGCAUGGAAAUACUGGAAGCAAAAUGACGCGCCAUGCUUUGAAGAAUGGGUUGCAUUCCUACUUAAACAUGGCACAGACUCGAGCAUCUGA